UAAUCAAGAUUUUGUUAAAUUAUCAAAUCAAUUUUUCUUCCAAAACGCUAAAAUUAAUGGGGCUUAUGUGUCCUGAUUGAUGUGUACUCAAUUAAUUUAGGAAAAAUGAAACGGUUUAAAUUUGCUGCCAAUCUCACAACAUUAUUCAAAGAUAUUCCCGAUCAUAUCGAGAGUUACAAAGAAAUUCUCAACAGAAAAGAUUUUCGAUUUAAAGCAGUUGAAGCUCAAGAUCCGUAUCAAAAUUCAUUAAAUGAUUGGAAAAAUGUGAUUGAAAAAGCGGGCGAUUCUCGUCCGGAAUUUGUUUUGAUCAAUAGCGUCAAUCUGAUGAAGAAAUAUCCAGAAUUUCCAACAGAAAAACAGUUCGAAAAUGAAUUAAAUCUUUUGGGAGAGUAUGUUAAAACAUUGAAUGUCCGUAAAGUUCAUAUGAUGUUAACCCUUACUGAAUCGAAUACUAUUGAUGAAAGAACAAAAAAAUUAUUGAUUCAAGGAGCACGUUUCCUUAAUCGUAUGAAUGUAAUGUGUUUAAUCGAGCCGCUAUAUUUAAAUGGUAUUCCAUACUAUUUACGAUCAUAUGACGAUGCAUUGAAUCUGGUGAAAGAAUUAAAUGAACCAAAUCUAAAAAUUAUGUUCGAUACAUAUCAUUGUCAACGACUUCAUGGUAAUAUAUGCCAUUAUAUUGAUCUAUUGAAAGAUCAUAUUGGACAUGUACAAAUAUCACAAGUACCACUUCGUGACAAUCCUUUCAAUGAUGGUGAACUUAAUCAUGAUUUUAUUCUUAGAAAACUAUCAACUGUUUACGAUGAUUAUAUCGGAUUGGAAUACUAUUCCGAUCAUGCGACUGACACUUUUGAUUGGGUGAAAAAAUACGUCGAAUAGAAUAAUCCUGAUAAUGACGAAAUUAUGGCUGUUGUUGUUGCUAAAAGCCAUAUGAUUUUUAUGUACACAUCAUUGAAUAAGAAAAUAAAAAAUCG